CCGGGGUUUCUCUCUCUCUGUGCUCGAGCGCGUCAUGGCGGAGAGAGACCGGCUGGUGUAGGAUUUACAGCUGAAAUAUGCCUGCUAUCCUGUCUGUUUCCCGGCACAUGGAAUACACUAAAACUGUUUAGCAGUUGAUCCCAAGGCACUCUUGACCGUGGAGGGGAAACUCAGAAACUCAUCUCUCAGAGUAAAGUGUGUAAGAGUGUUUUUGUGGAGUUCUCGAGCGACAGCGGCGAUCAUCAGAAAGAGUCCGCGGGCAGCGCGCACACAGGCGGGCAGGUGAGCUGCUCUGAGGUGGCGCACGCAGACUGUACGAAUCUCAUCAGGGAUUCAUCUUUAAUAUUUGAUUGAGAUGGAUGCACGCAGUGAGGAUGAAAGUGUCAGCAACAGUAGCGGCGAGUCCAGUAAUUCAGACGAUGAGUCUGGGUCAGGAUCGGGUUCUGGCUCGGGCUCGAGUUCAAGCAGUAGCAGUUCUAGCAGUAGCCAAUCAGGGAGCAGUGACUCAGGAAGUGGAUCGGAUUCUGGAAGCCAAUCAGACUCGGACUCCGAGAAAUCCAAAGGAAAGAAUGAUCAAGGCAACAAAAUCGAUGGAGCCGCGUUUUGGAAGUCCAACCCCAGUAUCCUGACAGUGCAACGGUCCGCCAUGAUCCGGAAGCAGCAGCUCCAGCAACAGCAGCAGGUCCAGCAGCAGAGCUCCUCCGGCUCAGACGAGGACUCUUCCAGUAGUGAUGACUCAGAUGAUGACUCCAAGAGCAGGAGUAAAGGGUCUGGAUCGGACUCCGGAUCGGGUUCAGGAAGUGGCUCAUCGGACUCUUCAGCAGAGGAGGAAGGGCACAGUGACGAGUCGGUGUCUGACUAUGAGCCCAGUCACAAAGUCAAGAGCAGAAAACCUUCAAACAAGGCCACUGCCAGGAAUGGGAAAAAUAACAAAGCUCCGAAGAAGAAGCCCUCGCACUCCUCCUCAGAUGAAGACGACGAUUAUAAGAAAGCCUUGGCGGGGCCUCGGCGGCAGGCCACGGUCAACGUGAGCUACAAAGAAGAUGAAGAAAUGAAGACGGAUUCUGAUGACCUGGUGGAGGUGUGUGGAGAGGACGUCCCGCCCCCAGAGGAGGACGAGUUCGAGACACUGGAGAGAGUCAUGGAAUCGAGGAUAGGGCGGAAAGGAGCAACGGGUGCCGUAACCACAGUGUAUGCCGUAGAGGCAGAUGGAGACCCCAACGCCAACUUCGACCCCAACAGACAGCCAGGAGAGGUGCAAUACUUGAUGAAAUGGAAGAACUGGUCCCACAUUCACAACACCUGGGAGACAGAGGAGACGCUCAAACAACAGAACGUCAAGGGUAUGAAGAAACUGGACAACUUCAAGAAAAAAGAGCAGGAGAAGAAGAAAUGGCUCAAAGCGGCCUCCCCUGAAGACGUGGAGUACUUAAACUGCCAGCAGGAACUCAUGGAUGACUUGCAUUCUCAGUAUCAAAUCGUGGAAAGAAUCAUUGGACAUUCGAAUCAAAAGUCUGCGGCAGGUUUUCCCGAUUACCUUUGUAAAUGGCAGGGGCUGCCAUAUUCGGAGUGCAGUUGGGAAGACGGUGCUCUUAUUUCUAGAAAGUUUCAAAAGUGCAUCGAUGAAUACAUGAGCCGAAACCAGAGCAAAACCAUCCCCUUCAGAGACUGCAAGGUUUUAAAACAGAGACCCCGGUUUGUGCCCAUGAAGAAGCAGCCUCCGUACAUCGGUGGAGAUGGCCUAGAGCUGCGGGACUAUCAGUUGGACAGUCUCAACUGGAUGGCCCAUUCUUGGUGCAAAGGAAACAGUUGUAUCCUGGCAGAUGAGAUGGGUUUGGGAAAAACCAUCCAGACCAUCAGCUUCCUCAAUUACUUGUUCCAUGAUCACCAGCUUUACGGGCCCUUUCUUCUGGUGGUGCCUCUGUCCACCCUCACGUCCUGGCAGAGGGAGAUCCAGCUCUGGGCUCCUCUGAUGAAUGUUGUGGUGUAUCUGGGAGACAUCAACAGCAGAAACAUGAUCCGGACACAUGAAUGGAUGCAUCUGCAGACCAAGCGACUGAAGUUAAACAUUCUGCUUACCACAUAUGAAAUUCUGUUGAAGGAUAAGUCAUUUUUAGGAAAUGUCAGCUGGGCGUUCAUUGGUGUUGACGAGGCCCAUCGGCUGAAGAACGAUGACUCUCUCCUCUACAAGACCAUGAUGGAGUUCAAGUCCAACCACAGGCUCCUGAUCACUGGCACACCCCUCCAGAACUCACUCAAAGAGCUCUGGUCUCUGCUACACUUUAUUAUGCCUGACAAAUUUCACUCGUGGGAGAUGUUUGAAGAGGAGCAUGGGAAGGGCAGAGACUCGGGGUAUACCAGCCUUCAUAAAGAGCUGGAGCCCUUCUUGCUGCGCAGAGUGAAGAAAGAUGUGGAGAAAUCUUUGCCUGCCAAGGUGGAGCAGAUCCUCAGGGUGGAGAUGAGCGCUGUUCAGAAACAAUACUACAAGUGGAUAUUGACGAGGAACUAUAAAGCCCUGAGUAAAGGAACUAAAGGAAGCACGUCAGGCUUCCUCAACGUCAUGAUGGAGUUGAAGAAAUGCUGUAACCACUGCUACCUCAUUAAACCCCCUGACGAGAACGAGUUCUACAACAGACAAGAAGGCCUGCAGCACCUUAUUCGCAGCAGUGGGAAGCUGAUUCUUCUGGAUAAACUGCUGGUUCGGCUGAAGGAACGAGGGCACCGUGUGCUCAUCUUCUCCCAGAUGGUUCGGAUGCUGGACAUCCUAGCGGAGUACCUGAAGUUCCGGCAGUUCUUAUUCCAGCGACUGGACGGUUCUAUAAAGGGUGAGAUGAGGAAGCAGGCGUUGGAUCACUUUAAUGCAGAGGGCUCUGAGGAUUUCUGCUUCUUGUUGUCAACGCGAGCGGGUGGUCUGGGCAUUAAUCUGGCCUCUGCGGAUACGGUGGUCAUUUUCGACUCUGACUGGAACCCCCAGAAUGACCUGCAGGCCCAGGCCAGAGCGCACAGGAUUGGGCAGAAAAAACAGGUGAAUAUAUAUCGUCUGGUGACGAAGGGCUCAGUUGAGGAGGAGAUUAUUGAGAGAGCCAAGAAGAAAAUGGUGUUGGACCACCUGGUGAUUCAGAGGAUGGACACCACGGGGAAGACGGUCCUCCAUACGGGUGCUGCUCCUUCCAGUUCCACUCCAUUCAACAAGGAGGAACUGUCAGCCAUCCUGAAGUUUGGUGCGGAAGAGCUUUUCAAAGAGCAGGAAGGAGAGGAGCAGGAACCUCAGGUUUGUGAGAUGGACAUUGAUGAAAUCCUGAAGAGAGCCGAGACCAGAGAGAACGAUCCUGGGCCGUCGACUGUAGGAGAAGAGCUCCUCUCACAAUUCAAGGUGGCAAACUUCUCCAUGAUGGAGGAGGAGGAGAUUGACAUGGACACGGAAAGGAACAAUAAGAACUGGGAUGACAUUAUCCCAGAGGAACAGCGGAGGAGACUUGAGGAAGAGGAGAGACAAAAAGAGCUAGCGGAGAUCUAUUUACUGCCCCGCAUGAGGAAAUGUGCUAAACAGGCCAACUUUAAUGGAAACGAGGGCAGGCGCAGCCGGAACAGACGAUACUCGGGUUCAGACAGCGACUCGGUCUCUGACAGGAAGAGGCCCAAGAAACGAGGAAGACCUCGAACUAUUCCAAGAGAGAACAUUAAAGGUUUCACUGAUGCCGAGAUACGCAGAUUUAUCAAAAGUUACAAAAAAUUUGGUGGGCCUUUAGAAAGGCUGGAUGCUAUCGCUCGGGAUGCGGAGUUGGUGGAUAAAUCUGAGAAUGAUCUGCGGCGGCUGGCUGAGACCGUACACAACGGCUGUAUGAGAACGCUACGGGAGAACCCCUGUGGACCUGAGCGAACCUCAGGAGGCAGGCGAGGGAAGGUGAAGGGACCCACCUUCAGGAUCUCAGGGGUUCAAGUCAAUGCUAAGCUGGUGAUCUCUCAUGAGGAGGAGCUGGCACCAUUACACAAGGCCAUUCCAUCUGACCCGGAGGAGAGGAAGAGGUAUAUAAUCCCAUGCCACUCAAAGGCAGCUCAUUUUGACAUUGAGUGGGGUAAAGAGGACGACUCCAGUCUGCUUAUUGGGAUCUAUGAGUACGGAUAUGGCAGCUGGGAGAUGAUCAAGAUGGACCCAGACCUCAACCUCACGCAUAAGCUCCUUCCAGAUGAUCCUGACAAGAAGCCACAGGCCAAACAGCUGCAGACACGAGCUGACUACCUCAUCAAAUUACUGAGCAAAGACCUCGCCAAGAAAGAAGCACAGAAACAGGCCGGCACUGCAAAUUCACGCAAGAGAAAACCACGGGGCAAGAAGAAUAAAGCUGUAAAACCGAAGAUGGAUGAUGUGACGAACAGUCUGUCCUCUGCGCCGCCAUCGGAUAAGAGCUCUGAAGAAGAGGAUGAGAAGGAGGAAGAGGAGAAGGAAACUGCUCCAGUGAAGCCGGCCAACAGAAGACCACGAGUGUCAGAGCGGGCAGUGAAGGAGGAGGAAGAGGAGGAGGAUGAGGAAGAGGAGGAGGAAGAAGACUCCGAGGACGAGUUUGAGGAUAAAGAGCCAGUUGAGAAGGACGUAACCGAGAAAGUGGUUAAAAAAGAGAUUAAGAAGGAGAAGAAAGAGGAAGGCCGUGACAGCAAAGAGAGGGAACCAAAGGAGAAGGAGAUAAAGCCUGAACCUGUGCAGGAAGAGACUCCAGCAGAGAAGGCUGUAGAGGUGAAGGCCGACACCCCCGUGCACACGCCCUCAGGAGGAGAUGCCAUUCAUUUGUCUGAGGAGUCUGAAGAACUGGACCAGAAAACCUUCAGUGUGUGUAAGGAGAGGAUGAGGCCCGUGAAGGCAGCACUGAAGCAGCUGGACCGUCCAGAGAAGGGUCUGUCUGAGCGAGAGCAGCUGGAACACACGCGGCAGUGCCUGAUCAAAAUAGGAGAUCACAUCACGGAGUGUCUGAGAGAAUACACCAACCCCGAACAGAUCAAGCAGUGGAGGAAAAAUCUGUGGAUAUUUGUUUCGAAAUUCACUGAGUUUGAUGCCAGGAAACUGCAUAAACUGUAUAAGCACGCCAUUAAGAAACGACAGGAAAAUGCUCAGGCAGUGGAACAGAACACUAGCACUGUAAAUACACAAAGCUUGAAACACGCAGAUGUCGAGCGGAUCAAGGAGUCACAACAAGACGACAGCAGCAGAGACAGCUACAGCUCUGACAGACACCACUCGUCCCGCUACCAUGAGCACAGCAAAGACCGCCACCCUGCAGACAUGUACCGCAAGAGCUCGGACUCCCGGAAGAGGCCCUACUCGUCCUUCAGCAACGGCAAAGACCACCGCGAGCGCGAGCGAGACCCGUACACAGACAGAGCAGAGCGACAGGACAGCAGAUACUACAGCGACAGCAAGCACCGGAAGCUGGACGAGCACCGCUCCAGUCGAGAGCACCGAUCCGAGAGCAACUCCAAGGACCGAACGCACUCCGACCACCGCUUCCACUCUGAGCACCGGCCCGGCUCCGAUUACACGCAUCACAAAUCCUCCCGGGAAUACCGCUACCACUCGGACUGGCAGGCAGAGCAGAGGACCGGCCCGCGCUCGCCCCGGGACCAGCGCUCGCCCUUCGAGUACUCAUCCGACCACAAGAGCACACCCGAACAGGUCUGGAGCGGCCGCAAGACAUAGCGCUCUCAACGCACUGGUCCUGAUCAGCCAUACAUUCAAACAGACACACACACACUCUCACACACACAGGAAAUGCCUUAGGGGACUGUUGGCCGCUGGGACUCUGGGAGUGCCGCCCUUUCCUACUCACCUCGGAGGACACACAGAUUUACACUUAUUUUUGUAUUUAAGAGUUGGCUGCAUUCUUUCGUAGGUGCUGCAGAAUAAUUUUUUUUUUAAUUAUUAUUUUUAUAAAUUGACUACUUUCCUUUUUGUUUUUGUUUGUUUAUACUUUGAAACAGACGAAUCCAUGUUUCACUCUCAUGUGCGACACUGGAUACCGACACACACCCGUAAACGACCGCAGCUUAUUUAAGAAGUGUUGAGUGAACGGACGCUACACCGGCGUGUCGUCUUUAUCAAGGGUUUCUGUUGUGAAGGACUGGGGUUCACCUUCCAAAGUACCUCGUUUACAGUGUUUUGUGACAAUUUUGCCAAUUUUUAUCUGUAAUUUUUCUUUCCAUCAUGCUUGAAUUAUUUAAAUCUGUCUCGGCUGUAAAAUAAUCUGGACUGUUUUUAGUGCGCAUCAGAUAAUGUCACUUUUUCACAUUGUACUACUGUAAAUUAUUGUAUAAAGUAAAUCAAAUGGGCUUUUCUCAGGCUGGUAUUUUUUUAACUAUUUCCCCAUCGACUCAGGCUAUUUCCUCUCCUUUUUUUUAUGUAAGUAGUUUGAAUCAUGAAUUUGGGUAAAUAUUCCAUUUGUAUUCAUUCUGUAGGAACGUUUUGUUUGUUGAUCUCUUUAGUUUAUCUGUAUUUGUAAGUGAAUUAGCCUCACUUUAUAAUGGCAUCAUGUCAUAGAAUACAAACUGUGUAAUAAAAAAAGGACAUGAAAGGGUCGAUCCUAGCUAGAGGCACUUAUGAGCUCUCAUUAGAACAUUUCCAUGAUAAUCUUUCCUCUUGUUUUCUAUAAAUGUUGGCAAUAAUGUACUCUUUUCUAUGCAGCCCGAGUGUUUUUUCUGCUGACUGGCCCGAGUAAGUCAGAAUGCUGUUACAGGACAUACUGAUGUAUAUAGAUCUCCUUCUAUAUUUCAAAUCCAAAUUUACACUGAAAAUGCAUGGAUUUUUAAAGUAAUUGUUUUAUAUAAUUGUUUAUAAAGUCAUUAAACUCAAAUCACUGUUUCCACCUGUAA